AUGACUUCCCACGCUUCGCACUCCAGCUCUGGCUCCAACGUCGUUGGCGUUCACUACCGCGUCGGCAAGAAGAUCGGAGAGGGCUCCUUCGGUGUCAUCUUCGAAGGUACCAACCUGCUCAACAGCCAGACCGUCGCCAUCAAGUUCGAGCCUCGGAAGAGCGACGCACCUCAGCUCAGAGAUGAGUACCGCACCUACAAGAUCCUCGCCGGCUGUCAAGGCAUCCCGCAGGUCUACUACUUUGGCCAGGAGGGUCUCCACAACAUCCUCGUCAUCGACCUCCUCGGUCCUUCGCUUGAAGAUCUCUUUGACAUGUGCGGUCGCAAGUUCAGCAUCAAGACGGUCGUCAUGACCGCCAAGCAGAUGAUCACUCGCGUCCAGACCAUCCACGAGAAGAACCUCAUCUAUCGCGACAUCAAGCCCGACAACUUCCUCAUCGGUCGUCCUAUGACCAAGAAUGCCAACAUGGUGCACGUCGUCGACUUUGGCAUGGCCAAGCAAUAUCGCGACCCCAAGACCAAGCAGCACAUUCCGUACCGCGAGCGCAAGUCGUUGAGCGGUACCGCCCGUUACAUGUCCAUCAACACCCACCUGGGUCGUGAGCAGUCGCGACGCGACGACCUCGAGGCGCUAGGGCACGUCUUCAUGUACUUCCUCCGCGGCGGUCUGCCAUGGCAGGGCCUCAAGGCGGCGACCAACAAGCAAAAGUACGAAAAGAUCGGCGAGAAGAAGCAGAGCACCCCCAUCAAGGAGCUCUGCGAGGGUUUCCCGGAGGAGUUUGGCAUCUACCUCAACUAUGUGCGCAAGCUCGGGUUCGAGGAGACACCGGACUACGACUUUUUGCGCGAACUCUUCACCAAGGUGCUCAAGAGCUCGGGCGAGCAGGAGGACGGCGUGUUUGAUUGGAUGCUGCUCAACGGCGGCAAAGGAUGGGAGGCGGGUACCAACCGCGACCGCCGGGAUGAACGGGAUCGACCUCGCGAGGCGCGUGCGUCGGCGGUACCGCAGGCGUCGGCAGCGGCAAUCCAGCCGCCCACGGCGCUGGCUCGAAGCGGGUCCAAGGGUGGGCGCAAGUCGGGUGGUGCCCACAUGCAAAGCGAGCGUUCCCAGGCCGAACGCCUGCGUGCCAGUCACGGCGACUUCAACCAGAACGGCUCCGGCUACGGCGGUGUCGGUCACGCAUCGAAUGUUGCCGUGCACGAUGCUACCGUUGCUGGCAUCCCAGCGCAAAACGGGACCCGAGAACACAGUCAUGCAGGCCACAUGACGCCCACUGCCAUGUCUUCGGGCAAUGGCCUAGAUGGACGUCGUGGCGACAACCGCCAGGCGGUCGGUCUGAGCAAUGGCGAGGAUCACCCAGCGGAACGCAAGACGUUCGGUCAGAAGCUGGUCAACAUGUUGACAUGCCGAUGCGGUUGA